AUGCUCUGCGCCCACCUGGAGUUGUCCUGUUUGAGCAUUGCAAGACACUUCCCCGACUCUGGAACAGAGAGGAUACGUUGCGACUCCCGCGAAUUCUGGUGUACUGCAGAUCAUUUUAUCUUUCGUGGUGUUGGCUCAGCAGUAACAGGGUUGAAUUUGGACUUUGAUCAGAGUCGGGGACCGGCGCUCGCGCCGCCAACACGCUCAAAGCUUUCGAAAUUCUCGAGUAAAUCCAAAGACUUAUACUUGUUUCCUAUCACACCUGCCAGUGAGAUGAAGCUGUUGAACAAGUAUCGGAUUGGGAUUUUCAUCAGCGCGUCCCAUACAAAGCCCACCCAUUUAUGCUGCUCUGCCCCCGGAGAUACCACAAACUCGAUGAAGUAUGCUGAUAGGUUGACUGCUUCUAAAGAAGCAAAUUCACUUCACCCUGAUGAUGACAUUGGUGCUGUGGAAAUGUACAAAACUUCUGUUGUACUACCCUUUCCACUUCCCAAUGAAUUUGUACCUUUUUGGGCAGUCAACCUCCUGGCUUCUCUUAAUAACCUGCAGGCCUCUGUUAAUAACCUGCAGGCCUCUGUUAAUAACCUGCAGGCCUCUGUUAAUAACCUGCAGGCCUCUCUUAAUAAUUUGCAGGCAACACUUCACAACGUAGGACUCGGGCAAAUGCAACAGAUUACUUUUGUUCCUCAGAUGGGGAAUGAGUUGUUGCUGUUCACACUGGCAGACUAUCUAAAUUUCAUUUUGUUAGAGCAUGUUCUUGUUAGUGCCGCUAAGGUAGUGGGACGGCUGUUGGAACGUCUAACGGACAACGCAACCAAAGGUGUGAAGACCCUCGAAAGUCCGAGUUGA